ACUGAUAGUCCACAUUUCUUUUAAUACUAAGGAAUAACUUUAAUGGAGUUUUCUCAUCUAUCUUAGGGAGUCUUUCAGCGAGCCCCAUAAAAAGUGUCGUCAAAGUACUGCUGCCAGGGGUGCAGGAUCUUUUGGGUUUUUUCUUUCAUCUCAUUCAAUGUACACCGGAACGAUUUUAGCAUCACUAGACGGAAGUGUGGCAAGGUAGUUGCUAAUCCCUAUGCGUUGCGACCUACGUAGGCGGAGUCAGAGUUAAACCCAGCUAGAACCUAGCGCCGGAAGUGUAUGCCGUACCGCUGCUUGGAGGCGGGAAAGGAAGUGUUCCUGAGGCGGAAGUUUUGCGGGGAAUCUUUUGCCUCUAGGACACUUCCUGUUUCCUAGUAACAAUAGGAAGUGUCCGCGGACCUGGGGCUAGACACCUAGCUCUUAUCAGCUGUACGUUCUUCACUCUUAUUUCCUUCCCCUUUUCCCUUAUUUUUUUAGUGUCUUCCUCCCCUCUGGCCUCCCUGGAACUCUGGAUGAGUGUGCGUGUAUGGGAGCGCGAGAAGCCUCCACAGCCAUUCCUUGGGGCGCGCGGCUGCAGUUAGGGUAAGGGUCUCAGUGCGCAGGCGCGCUUCCGUUCGUGGUCCCCAACGGACUCGCCCGCGGCGGGAACAAGAAGGGGUUGCUGGUGCGAGGCCCCUACACCAGAGGAAGAUGCUACUGCUACUUGUCUACUCCUGAACCUCCAAAUUUCUGUCACAUUGCCCCAUGGAGAAUACAUCACUCUUAUUCAGCUGCUCUGACUGUCAACGCCACUUUCCUAGUCUCCCAGAACUUUCACGACACCGAGAACUGCUCCAUUCAUCUCCCAAUCAGGAUAGUGAGGAGGCUGACAGCAUCCCUCGGCCCUACCACUGUCAGCAGUGUGGGCGAGGAUACCGUCACCCAGGGAGUCUGGUCAACCACCGUCGGACCCACGAGACUGGACUUUUCCCCUGUACCACGUGUGGCAAGGACUUUACCAAUCCUAUGGCCCUCAAGAGCCACAUGAGGACACAUGCUCCUGAGGGCCACAAUAGGAGCAGGCCCUCUCACCCCAAGGAUGCCACUCCAUAUCUCCAAAGUGAGGCAGUAUCUACUGACUCCUGGGGCCAGAGGCUUGGCCCUGGAGAAGGGUGGGAAAACCAGACAAAACAUACAAAAGAGACACAUGGCUGUGAAUCUGGACCUGACCCCAGGACAACUACAGGUACUUUGGAAGAUAUAGCCACCAAACAAAGAGAAAGCUGGGGAAGCCAGCCAAGUCCUGAAGAGAGUGCUGAGGGCUGGGGUUCUACUACGCACUCCACCAGAGCCCCUCCUCUUCCUACUCCAGCCGGUAACCUCCUUAGCAACUUGGAGCAGUAUUUGGCUGAAUCGGUAGUGAACUUUACAGGGGGCCAGGAGCCCACACAGUCUCAUGCUGAGGAGGAGCGACGGUAUAAAUGCAGUCAGUGUGGCAAGACCUACAAGCAUGCUGGGAGCCUCACCAACCACCGGCAGAGCCACACUCUGGGUAUUUACCCUUGUGCCAUCUGCUUCAAGGAAUUUUCUAACCUCAUGGCUCUGAAGAACCACUCCCGACUCCAUGCCCAGUAUCGGCCUUACCACUGCCCACAUUGCCCUCGUGCUUUUCGGCUUCCCCGGGAGCUGCUGGAACACCAGCAGUCUCAUGAGUUUGAAAGGCAGGAACAGCCCUGGGAAGAUAAUGGGAUGCCCACGACCAAUGGACACACAGAUGAUGGUGCCCGGGACCAAAUACCUACUACAGCGAUGCUAAAUGGUUUGGAGCUUAGCAUUUCUGGGGAACUAGAAGAUAGUAGCCUGGAGGAGUACCGGCCUUUCCGCUGUGGAGACUGUGGCCGUACUUAUCGCCAUGCUGGGAGCCUCAUCAACCAUCGAAAGAGCCACCAGACUGGUGUUUACCCAUGUUCAAUCUGUUCCAAGCAGCUGUUUAAUGCAGCAGCGCUCAAAAACCAUGUGCGGGCUCAUCACAGACCCCGGCAAGGAGCUGGCGAAGAUGGGCAGUCAUCAGCACCAGCUCCCCUGCUGUUGGCUGAUACCACUCACCAUGAGGAAAAAGCCCCCACCACCACCCUGGACUAUCGCCCCUAUAAAUGCAGUGAAUGUGGUCGCGCUUACCGCCACCGGGGGAGCCUGGUGAACCACCGUCAUAGCCAUCGCACAGGAGAGUACCAGUGUUCCCUUUGUCCCCGCAAGUACCCCAACCUUAUGGCCCUGCGCAACCAUGUAAGGGUACAUUGCAAGGCUGCUCGAAGAAGUACAGAUGCAGGGACCAAAAGUUGCCCCAGUCACCUCAAGGUGAAACUUUUGCCUAACUCAGUGGGAACAGAGCCAGCCCUAUACACAGAUGAAAGACUUGUGUGCAGACAUGAAGAAGGGACUGUCAAUGUCCCAACAGCAGAUACCACAUCACCACUAAUAUGUAGCAACUGUGGGAUGCUCUUUGAAGAUCGUGAUAGCCUUGAACAGCAUGACCUGACCCAUAGGGAAGGGGGAAAUAGGACAGAGACUACAGUGUCACCUCCUAGGGCAUUUGCCUGCAAAGACUGUGGUAAGAGCUAUCGACACUCAGGCAGCCUUAUCAACCACAAGCAGACCCAUCAGACAGGGGACUUCAGUUGUGAGGCUUGUGCCAAGCACUUCCACACCAUGGCUGCCAUGAAAAGCCAUUUGCGACGCCAUAGUCGGCGGCAGAGCAGGCGUCAUCGGAAGCAGGUUAGCAGUGGGGCAGAAGCCAAAUUAGAUGGGCACUGGGCCCAUGAGCUUGGAGAUAGUGUUGACCUGGAUUCUUCCCAAGACACUUCAAGGGAAAGUCUUUGUGGAACUAAAGACAACUUAGAAAAUGAUGACAGCUGUUUGCAGGCUCAAUCUGAAGGCAACCAUUGUGGGCUUGAGAGGGAUGAGGCAUGUUUCCAGGGUGUUAAAGAGAGUGGAGGCACUGAAGGAGGACUGGAAAAGCAGGAAACCUGUUUCCUUGAUAACUUGGACAUCCCAGGUGAUGAAGCAAAUGGGACUUGCUUCCCUGAUGGCCUCACUGGGGUGGAUGAAGAUCAUAAAAUGACGGGUGAGCCUACCUCAUCUUCCCACUCUGCUGAAACUGUCACCAGCUGGCAGACUGAGAUCACUCAUAAGUGUUCAGACUGUGGGCAUUCUUUCCCCCAUGCCACAGGACUGCUGAGCCAUAGGCCCUGCCAUCCACCAGGCAUUUAUCAAUGUUCCCUCUGCCCAAAGGAGUUUGACUCUCUGCCUGGCCUACGCAGUCACUUCCAGGACCAUGGGCCAGGGGAGGCAACCUCAGCGCAGCCUUUCCUUUGCUGCCUCUGUGGUAUGAUCUUUCCUGGACGGGCUGGCUACAGGCUUCACUGGCGCCAGGUUCACAGCUCCUCUGGCAUGACUGAGGGCUCAGAGGAGGAUGGGGAAGAGGAAGGAGCAGCAGAGGUAGCCUCCACUCAUAGCCCUCCACUUCAGCUUUCGGAAGCAGAGUUGCUAAAUCAGCUGCAGCGGGAGGUAGAAGCGCUAGAUGGAGCAGGUUAUGGGCACAUCUGUGGUUGCUGUGGUCAAACCUAUGAUGACCUGGGGAGCCUGGAGCGUCACCACCAAAGUCAAAGUUUGGAGAAUACCAUAAACAAGGCUCCGAGCCACUUAGAAGCAUCAAGUGAUGCCACAGAGAUAGCUGCAGAGGGUGUCCUUGAGGACACAGUGCCCUCUAUCUCUGGAGAGGGUGAAGACACAAAAUCUGAAGAGGGAGUGAGUGACACAGUUGUAGACAGCCUUUGCAUGCAGGUUGGUGAAAGUUUUUUAGAGGUUCAUCCCCGCCCCUUCCGUUGCAACCAGUGUGGCAAGACCUAUCGCCAUGGGGGCAGCCUGGUAAAUCACCGCAAGAUCCACCAAACUGGGGAUUUCAUCUGCCCUGUCUGUUCCCGCUGCUAUCCCAACCUGGCUGCCUACCGUAACCAUCUGCGGAACCACCCUCGAUGCAAAGGCUUUGAGCCCCAGAUAGGGCCCAUCCCAGAUGCAGAGUGCAGCAGUGAACCCCAGAAUGUGGCAGAGACAGGACCAGAGCAGGCAGAAAUGGGGAAGCUCCAAGAAGAACUUAAAGUGGAACCCCAGGAGGAGGUGGCCACGGUGAAAGAGGAGAAGGGGGAGGAGACCCCUAUGAAAGGGAAAGAGAUAGAGCCAUUGUUGGAGACAGCAGAGAAGGGCUGUCAGACUGAGGCCAACUCUGAGCGACCUUUCAGCUGUGAGGUGUGUGGCCGCUCAUACAAGCAUGCUGGCAGUCUCAUCAAUCACCGACAAAGCCACCAGACUGGCCACUUUGGCUGCCAGGCCUGCUCCAAGGGCUUCUCAAACCUCAUGUCCCUUAAGAACCACCGGCGCAUCCAUGCAGACCCUCAGCGUUUCCGCUGCAGUGAAUGCGGAAAAGCCUUUCGCUUGCGAAAGCAACUAGCUAGUCACCAGCGGGUUCACAUUGAAUGGCAUGGCAAUGGGGUAACCCGAAAGCUGAUCCGGGAAGAUAGGCCCUUCCGAUGUGGGCAGUGUGGGCGGACCUACCGCCAUGCUGGCAGUCUCCUGAACCACCGGCGCAGCCAUGAGACAGGCCAGUAUAGCUGCCCUUCCUGCCCCAAGACCUAUUCCAACCGCAUGGCCCUAAAGGACCACCAGAGACUACACUCUGAGAGUCGGCGGAGACGAGCAGGGCGGUCCCGGCAGACAGUAGCGCGCUGUGCCCUCUGUGGUCGUGGCUUUCCUGGCCGGGGAUCUUUGGAGCGGCACCUGCGGGAACAUGAAGAAGAGACCAAAGGGGAGCUGGCCCGUGGCCAAGGAAGCUCAAAUGACACAGAGAAUAGUGAGGGGAACCUGGCCAAUAACCAGGAAUUAGAGGGCAGAUCAGGGGGUACCGAGUCAGAACCCCAGCUAGAGGAUGAAGCCAUGAGGCCAGAGGAACAUACUCAGAAUCCAGCUGGGACAGCAGAUUCAGAAGCCACAGACCCCCUCUCCUGGGACGUGGGAAAAGUAGAUGGGUGGGAAGGAGAGAGAGAACUGGUAAACCACAAUGGAAGUUUGGUUCCUCAGGGUCAGAUAUUGACCAAGUCAGAAGACCAGUCAGAGGUCAGUGCCCCUAAUAGGAGUCCUUGCCACCUUGCUGACAGCCAGUCCAGUGGACCUAGUAUUAGUCACUUGGAUAGCUGGAAUAAUGGAGAUAGCCCUCAGCUCCAGCCAGAGAGCCGCUCCUAUUCCUGCUGCCAGUGUGGCAAGACCUACCGCCAGUCAGAUGGUUUCUUGAGUCACAACACCCAUAAGUCAGACCUCUACUAUUGCCUGCUCUGCUCUGAGGAGUUCUUAAAUCCUAUGGCUACUAAGAGUCACAACCGUAACCAUGUAUCUGCCCAGGCAUUUUCGUGCCCUGACUGUGGCAUAGUCUUUGAGUCUCACCAUGAAUUGGCCACUCAUUUGGAGACUCAUGCUAUAGGCCACAAUCAAUUGCCAAAUCAAAUAGAAGAAGCUGGACCCAUAGAGGGCAAAGUGGGUCUCCCUGAUCAAGGGGAAGCUCAGGAGGCUCUAUCAGAAACUCUCAGAGCCUCAGGAGAGGACUCCGAGGAAGCUAGCAGAGGGCAAGAAAUAAACAUCACAGGGGCUGACAACAAGGAGCGGCCCUUCCGCUGUGCCCAGUGUGGGCGUUCCUAUCGCCAUGCUGGCAGCCUGCUGAACCACCAGAAGGCCCACACCAUUGGCCUCUAUCCCUGCUCCUUGUGCCCUAAACUUCUGCCCAACCUACUAUCUCUUAAGAACCAUGGCAGAACCCACACAGACCCCAAGCGUCACCGCUGCAGCAUCUGUGGCAAGGCCUUCCAGACAGCUGCCCGGCUAGAGGGACAUAGGAGGGUCCAUGCACCCCAAGAGGGGCCUUUCACAUGCCUCCGUUGUCCCCGUCACUUCCGCCGUCGUAUCAGCUUCCUGCAGCACCAGCAGCAACACCAGGAAGAGUGGACAGUGGCCAGCUCUGGAGCUGAAGUGACACCAACAGCAAGCAAAGGAGAUUUGUCAUUGCCUCUUCCAUCCACCUCCACAGCCCCACUCCUGGACCCUUCACCCCAGUGGCCUGCAGACCUCAGCUUCUCCCUCUGAACUUCCAAGUCUCCAAAGAUCAGAACACUGGAGAGUGGGUGCAGGCAGAGACGGGCUUGAUCUCCAUGUUUCUCUCAGGAGUAGCUUGGGCAUCCCCAGCUCUUCUCACUCCCUGUGAUGAGUACCCAAGAAGGGAGUGGGAUGUUUCUCAUGUCCCUGCUAUUGAAGGAUCUUCUUCCCCCAAUCUUUGUCACCAUGCUCUGCCAAAAUGCGUGGGCCACCCUUGCCAGCCAGAUUGCAACACCAGGGAAAGGCAGGUACAGAGAGCACCAUGAGUGGAAAUGUUGCCUGUGAAAGGGGAGCCUUUUGCUACAGUUUGUAACUUAUUUUCUAAAGUCUAUUUUGUAACAAUUUAUUUAAGUUUUAAAAAAGGAAAAUUGCUCCCCCCCCCAAAAAAAAAAAGAUUUUCAAAACA